AGUCCAGUGUGGGACGGGGAACAGAAGCACAGACACUGGAGGGCUGAUAUUGUCAAAUUUAAAAGGAAGAGUGGGUGUCGAAGGAAACUAAAUUAUGAAGCUUCUUUUAUUCCAGCUGAUUUUGGCCGUAGGAGCGACAUUGACUUUAAGCAGCUGAAGGGAACAAGCUUUUUAUAUUCGACAUUAGUUUGGCAUUUUGUUUACAAUCUUUUAAAAACUUGAAUUAUUUUUCCAGAAUUUAAUGACAGGCUUCUUAUAAUUCAGCGUUCCAUUGAAUUGGAGACAGCAGAGGCUCAAACAUGAAUAGCGGCGACUCUUCAUUGAUUGACGCUGUAAUUUACAAUCACACACUCUGCGAUGGAUGGACCAACAGCACUGAAGGUGCCAUAUACCAUCUGGGCAACACCAUUCUUUUUCUGGGCUAUAUGGGCGGUAGUGGGGCGUAUGGGGCUCUGUACAUCUUCAGUUUUCUGGCUCCAGCUUUCCUCUGUCUGGCUCUCUGGGGCUGGCUGACGAUGUGCGGCCUGGAUGUCUUCAUCUGGAACCUGCUGCUGAUGCUGCAGUGUUUGGCCCAGGUGUGUCAUCUGAUUUUUCGGCUGAUGCGGGACGGUUUAGCUAACGAGGAGUUUUCUGCACUUUACACAGCGGUCUAUCUGCCGCUGGAUGUACCUGUGCAGGUGUUUAAGGAGAUCACGGGGGCCGGAGAAAAUAAAGUGCUUUCUCUAGCGGCCGAAGAAACGUAUGCCGUAGAAGGGAAGACGCCUAUUGAUCAGCUGUCUUUCCUACUUUCUGGCAGGAUUAGAGUGUCUUUGGAGGGCCAGUUUCUCCAUUACAUCUUCCCUCACCAGUUUCUUGACUCUCCAGAAUGGGAGUCUUUAAGACCGGCAGAGGAGGGGAACUUUCAGGUGACACUAACCGCGGAGACGGACUGCCGCUACAUCUCUUGGCGCAGACGUCGGCUUUACCUUCUGCUGUCUAAAGAUCGUUACAUUGCCCGACUUUUCUCAGUCAUGCUCGGAAGUGACAUCGCUGACAAACUGUACUCACUCAAUGACAAGCUAUUUGCAAAGAGCGGUGUGCGCCUUGACAUUCGUCUGCCCAGUCUAUACCAUGUCCUUGCCCCUUCGCCACCAGGCAGUGAGGGUGGCAGCGCCAGUUCACCACCCAGGGGGAGCCUAGGAGACCCUACAGUCAUAAAAGUUGAUCCGGCACCAUCUAAUCCAGGCUCAGGCACAAGAAAUCCCCAGCCGGACCAGGGAAAGAAUCCUGUUCCCAAAAAUCCACACCAGCAUUGGUCCUCGGACACAGAGAUGCCCUCCGGUGAGGACUCAACCAGCUUGAUUCUGGAGGACUUUGCAGAUAUGACAGGCUCUCUAAUGGACUAUGGGCAUGAGAGGGAAUAUUUGAAGUAAAGAUAUGGGUGUUAAAGCUAACACACACUUGGACACUUCUUAAAUCACAAUAGGACGAUCCUCCAGGACGUUUUCCACCUCGAUACCAAAGAGGACGUGCCCCACUGGCCCCUAAUGACACCCCAAAGCUGUAGAGACGACGAGUCAAGAUGAAUCACUUCUCCCAUCAAAAACUGUUUGUUCUCAUACGACCACACUCACACAGAACAGUUUAAGGAUGUGCAAAUGUACUGCUUUCAGGACAAAACCUCCCAAACCACUGUUUUUUCCGAUAGAUACUGUGUUAUAUAUGAUUCCACAUUGCUGUGAUUGAUCAACAUGGCUGAUUUAUGUUUAUUUGCAAUAGUGUGUCCUUUGUAGGGAAGUCUGUUUGGAAUAACUGAGACAAAGUUUAAAUACUACAAAUUAAAAAAUUAACACUUCAGCAGUCGAAAGAUAUUAAAUUGAUAGAGAUUUAUUACAUAAGUGUGAGUUUAAUCAUAUUAGAAUGCUAGUAAAUGUUUCAGAAUCUUGUUAUUGAGACUGACCAUUUUGUGAAAAUGUAUUUUCACGGGGCCAACUGUUAAGUGCUGGGUUAAAAUGUGACUUGAUAUUCCUCUUAAGAUGCCACCAUAAAGCAGUAAUUAGCACCGUAUUAGGUAUGCAGUUACAAACACUAAUGAGGGUAAUAAAAUGUUGCUUGAAUGUUGUUGUACCACUUCAAAUGAUCAAACAUCAGUACUUUCAGUACACAUAUGAACACACAGAAUAGCUAUGGUAUGGUAAAUGUCUUUUAUAAUACACAAUAUUUCUCUUGUUGAUUGUUAUCUAACAAAACUGAACAGAAAAUUUGCAUUAAAGGGACAGUUCACCCAAAAAGGGAAUUUACUGCCCAUCAAGUUGUUCCAGACCUUUAUAAGUGUCUUUUCUUGAUUGAAUACACAAGAAGAGAUUUUGAAAAAUGUUAGAAACUGGUUGCUGUUGAAGUCACUACCAAUGAAAGUCAAUUUUAAUUUCAGGGUUUCAAAAUCUCUCUUGCUCUCAGUAAAAGUCAGAAUCUCAAACAGGCCUGAAAAAGUGAGUAAAUGGUAACAGAACUUUUAUUUUUGGGUGAACUCUCUCUUUAAAUAAAACUGAUUUUCUCAGGAAGAGCUCACAGAUAAAACAAAAGUAUCAGAAAUCAUAUUUGAUAUUAUAUUAGGGCUAAAUGUGUCAUUUUGUGAAAACACAAUAAAUAAAUCUAACACUGAAUCA